UGCGCAAAAGUCAACAAACAAAAGAUACACAUCUUGAAUUCUUGACAUGUGGACAACCCGAGUAGAAAAAUAAUGAAUUUGUAGAAUUUUUUAUAAAAUUUUCCUCCAUUUCAGCUGUAAAAACGAAUUAGAAAAAUGACGAAAGGAACCUCAAGUUUUGGUAAGCGUCGUAAUAAGACCCACACUCUUUGCAGAAGAUGCGGUCGAUCUUCAUACCAUAUUCAAAAGUCCGAAUGUGCUCAGUGUGGAUAUCCCAGCAAAAAGCUUAGACACUUUAAUUGGAGUAUUAAAGCCCAAAGAAGGAAAACUACCGGAACUGGACGUUUACGACAUUUGAAAAUCGUACGAAGGAAGUUCAGGAAUGGAUUCCGUGAAGGAGGACAGGCAAAACCUAGAAAAUCGUGAACGUAUUAAUCUGACGUUGUUUUCUAUUUUUUAAGAACCUUGUUUGUAAGGAAUAUAUUAAUUUCUACGCGAA